AAAUUAGGUUUAUAUUCUUUAUUUCUACAUCGUCGUCACCUACCUACCUAAUCUCAUUUGUCUCCUCUCUCCUCGCUCUCACUCACUCAAACCCUCGAAAGCCUGCGCAGACAACUCUCCAACCGUCUCUAUCUCUCUCUCGUCUUGAGCUUCCUCCAAAGAUGGCAGCAACAGCAGCAGCUUCUUCGAUUUCAAUUGGAUCAACAACCGUUCCUAGAGCCACCACCUCCUCCUUACCCCAGUCAAGGGCACAAGCUGUCAACUUCAACUACUCCCUCCCUCGUUUCACCCCUCUGAGAUCAUCCUCUCUCCUCUCCGGACCAGAUUCCUCUUCUUUCUCCAAAUCUCUCCGCGGCUCCGUAACGAAAUCCCAGAAAACAGACACCAAGCCGUACGGACUCAACAUCAACGCUUCUUACAAAGUAGCUGUCCUCGGUGCCGCCGGAGGGAUCGGCCAGCCUCUCUCCCUCCUCAUCAAAAUGUCUCCCCUCGUCUCCACCCUCCACCUCUACGAUAUCGCCAACGUCAAGGGAGUCGCCGCCGAUCUCAGCCACUGCAACACCCCUUCCCAGGUCCGUGAUUUCACCGGACCUGCCGAGCUGGCCGACUGUCUGAGAUACGUAGACGUCGUGGUCAUCCCCGCCGGCGUGCCGAGGAAGCCCGGCAUGACCCGCGACGAUCUCUUCAACAUCAACGCCGGGAUAGUGAAGUCCCUCGUCGAGGCCGUAGCUGAUAACUGUCCUAACGCAUUCAUCCACGUCAUCAGCAACCCGGUGAACUCCACCGUCCCCAUCGCCGCCGAAGUGUUGAAGAAGAAAGGCGUCUACGAUCCCAAGAAACUCUUCGGCGUCACCACUCUGGAUGUUGUGAGGGCCAACACUUUCGUCUCUCAGAAAAAGAACCUGAAGCUCAUCGACGUGGACGUCCCAGUCGUCGGCGGCCACGCUGGCAUCACCAUCCUGCCUCUUCUCUCCAAGACCAAGCCUUCCGUCAGCUUCACCGACGAGGAGACCGAGAAACUCACCGUUAGGAUUCAGAACGCUGGCACUGAGGUUGUGGACGCUAAGGCGGGUGCUGGUUCGGCUACUUUGUCGAUGGCCUACGCUGCGGCGAGGUUCGUGGAGUCGUCUCUUCGUGCUCUUGACGGUGAUGGGGAUGUUUACGAGUGCUCGUUCGUGGACUCGGCGCUGACUGAUCUUCCUUUCUUUGCGUCGAGGAUUAAGCUCGGGAGGAGCGGAGUUGAAGCUGUGAUUGAGUCUGACCUCCAAGGGCUGACUGAGUAUGAGCAGAAGGCGUUGGAAGCUCUUAAGGUGGAACUGAAAGCUAGCAUCGAAAAGGGUAUUGCAUUCGCUAACAAACCUGCUAACUAGAUCUUUGAAUCUCAUCCGAGAGAGAAACAAUGCCUUUUAUGUUCCAGAGGAUAACAUUUUCCUUCUGAUCAUUUUGAGUUUUGUUUUGUUUUGUUUUAUCUCUUUUUUUGUUUGUUUGCAUCGGCGAGACGUUUCUGGUUGUAGAAUAAAGAAUGUAUUAGCUUCUUCAGUUCUGAAGAUGUUGGAUACAUAUAUUGAAGCAGAUUUUAUGAUUCA